CUCCUGAGUAAUGGUAAUCUGGCAGUUUUUAGGCAAAAGUAUUUCACUAAUAUCGUUUCAGAGAGCAUAAAUUCUGUGGGUUUUGAAUGGGCCUGACUGAAAAUAUAGAGCCGAGUACGAACACCUUGUUCGAGGUCCAGCAGUCCACUGUCUCUUUCGAAUAGGUACUUCCAAGCUGAAAUGGCUUUACAAAGAGAGAUAGAAACAGCUAAGAAUCUUUUUACAAAAUAAGCUAUAUCAUAGCAGAGAAAGUAAGGAAGAAAUGCUAAGAAUACUUAAAUAAGGUGAUAAAUAAUAUUGAAAAUGGCCUAACAGAAGAUGAUGUUUCCUUUGAAAAGUUUUUAAUUAAUAUCAAGGAAGCAGAUAGGGUCCUUAAUAACAGUGCUCUCUGCACCAAAGCCCUUGGUUCAGGAGGUAAACUUGAAGCAGGAGAAUCAUUAGUCACCAGACUUAAUGAGCAAACCAGCUUCAUGCGUAAAGAAAUCGAAAAUUUUGAUCAGCUAAAAAUUUCAAGUCUCAGAGAUAUUAAAAAUGAUGAGAAAAUCAUAAAGAAGCAUCUAAAAGAAAUAUGAUACAACAUCUUAGCAUACCAUCCUGAAACGUUUAAGGUUCCGAAGAGGGCUCAUAAAUUCUCAAUUUUGACGUCUAACCAAGCUUCCGCGCUUUAUGAAAUAGAGAAGCCUAUUAAAAGGCCUUCAUCUAGGCCUUUGCCUGAGGAAACUGAGCCUAGCUUUCAUCGAACUAGCAAGAGUAUGUCUAAAGCUUACGACACCAAAUAGCAAGUUAAACACGACAAUGCCUACUGUGCGGGAGUACUCUGAAGGAGAUACCCUCAGAAGGAGUAUGACUAUCUCCAGCCAAACAAAGCAUAAAAACACUAAAAGAGAUAAAGAAAUCCUUCAACUUUCCCAAAAAAUUCGAAUUAAUACCCUAAAUUUCUGUGGGAAACAGGGUGAAGGAACUCUGUUGCAGAACAAAAUCCAAAAGAUUUCGAAACUGAUGGACUACACUAAUCUGAAAAUGUGUGAUGGGGUGCUGCACCUAGCCCAGGACAGAACAAAUCGAAUAAAACAACUCAAAAGAUGAAGGAAAGGGUCUAGAUCAGUGGCCAAAUAAAGUCAAUGCAAUAUAUAAUCAUGAAUAGCUUCAAAUAAUUGAUGGU